UGCUGUGUCACUCAGUCCGCUCGGCGCGCCCCUUCCCCCGCAGUCCUUCCGCACCGGCUGACGGGCUCUUCCGGUCUCCCGCGCCCCUCACCUGCAGGCGGGUCUCGGGCCGCAGCCUGGCGCACGCCGGCUCGGGCCUGUGGACUAGUCUCGCGCUGUGCCCGGGAGCCGGGCUCCGGACCCACGCUGGCCAUGGCGAGCGGCGCAGCUAGAUACCGGCUGAGCUGCUCGCUCCCGGGCCACGAACUGGACGUGAGGGGCCUGGUGUGCUGCCUCUACCCGCCGGGGGCCUUUGUGUCUGUGUCCCGGGAUCGCACCACCCGCCUCUGGGCCCCAGACAGUCCUAACAGGGGCUUUACGGAAAUGCAUUGUAUGAGCGGCCAUUCUAAUUUUGUGUCUUGUGUGUGCAUCAUACCCUCAAGUGACAUAUAUCCUCAUGGACUAAUUGCCACUGGAGGAAAUGACCACAAUAUAUGCAUUUUCUCGCUGGAUAGUCCGAUGCCACUUUAUAUUUUAAAGGGUCACAAAGACACUGUUUGUAGUCUUUCAUCUGGAAAAUUUGGGACAUUGCUUAGUGGCUCAUGGGACACCACUGCAAAAGUCUGGCUGAAUGACAAAUGCAUGAUGACAUUACAGGGUCAUACAGCUGCAGUAUGGGCAGUAAAGAUUUUACCUGAACAGGGAUUGAUGUUAACUGGAUCAGCAGACAAGACUAUUAAACUGUGGAAGGCUGGAAGGUGUGAGAGGACUUUUUCAGGGCAUGAAGACUGUGUAAGAGGUUUGGCAAUUUUGAGUGAAACAGAAUUUCUUUCCUGUGCAAACGAUGCUAGUAUUAGAAGGUGGCAGAUUACUGGCGAGUGUCUGGAAGUGUUUUAUGGACAUACAAAUUACAUUUAUAGCAUAUCUGUCUUUCCAAAUUGUAGAGAUUUUGUGACAACAGCAGAAGACAGAUCUCUGAGAAUAUGGAAACAUGGUGAAUGUGCCCAAACAAUUCGACUUCCAGCUCAGUCUAUAUGGUGCUGCUGUGUUCUGGAUAAUGGUGACAUUGUGGUUGGUGCGAGUGAUGGUAUUAUUAGAGUGUUUACAGAGUCAGAGGAUCGAACAGCAAGUGCUGAGGAGAUCAAGGCUUUUGAGAGAGAGCUCUCUCAGGCAACUAUCGAUUCCAAAACCGGGGACUUGGGGGACAUUAGUGCAGAGCAGCUUCCUGGAAGGGAACAUCUGAAUGAACCAGGUACUAGAGAAGGACAGACUCGUCUAAUCAGAGAUGGAGAGAGAGUUGAAGCCUAUCAGUGGAGUGUUAGUGACGGGAGGUGGAUAAAAAUUGGUGAUGUUGUUGGCUCAUCUGGUGCUAAUCAGCAAACAUCUGGAAAAGUUUUAUAUGAAGGGAAAGAAUUUGAUUAUGUUUUUUCAAUCGAUGUCAAUGAAGGUGGACCAUCAUAUAAAUUGCCAUAUAAUGUCAGUGAGGAUCCCUGGCUAGCUGCAUACAACUUCCUGCAGAAGAAUGAUUUGAAUCCCAUGUUUUUAGAUCAGGUGGCUAAAUUUAUUAUUGAUAACACAAAAGGCCAAAUGUUGGGACUUGGAAAUACCAGUUUUUCAGACCCGUUUACAGGUGGUGGUCGCUAUGUUCCAGGCACUUCAGGACCUUCCAACACAGUGCAGACAGCAGAUCCUUUCACAGGUGCUGGUCGUUACAUGCCGGGUUCUUCUGCAGGUAUGGGCACCUCCACGUCUGGAGUCGAUCCAUUUACAGGAAGUAGUGCCUACCGAUCAGCUGCAUCUAAAACAGUGAAUAUUUAUUUCCCCAAGAAAGAAGCUCUUACCUUUGACCAAGCAAACCCUACACAAAUAUUAGGAAAACUGAAGGAACUUAAUGGAACCGCACCUGAAGACAAGAAACUAACUGAAGAUGACUUGGUGCUUCUUGAAAAGAUACUCUCUCUAGUUUGUAAUAAUUCUUCAGAAAAGCCAACAGCCCAGCAACUUCAUAUUUUAUGGAAAGCUAUCAACUGGCCUGAAGACAUUGUCUUUCCUGCACUUGACAUUCUUCGGCUAUCAAUUAAACAUCCCAGUGUGAAUGAGAAUUUCUGCAAUGAAAAAGAAGGAGAUCAGUUCAGCAGCCAUCUUAUCAACCUUCUGAACCCUAAAGGAAAGCCAGCAAACCAGCUGCUUGCUCUUAGGACUUUUUGCAAUUGCUUUGUUAGUCAGGCAGGACAAAAGCUCAUGAUGUCCCAGAGGGAGUCACUGAUGUCACAUGCAAUAGAACUGAAAUCAGGGAGCAAUAAGAACAUUCAUAUUGCUCUGGCUACAUUGACCUUGAACUAUUCUGUUUGUUUCCAUAAAGACCAUAACAUUGAAGGGAAAGCUCAAUGCUUGUCAGUAAUUAGCACAAUCUUGGAAGUUGUACAAGACCUAGAGGCCACUUUUAGACUGCUUGUGGCUCUUGGGACACUUAUCAGUGAUGAUUCAAAUGCUAUUCAAUUAGCCAAGUCCUUAGGUGUUGACUCUCAAAUAAAAAAGUAUGCCUCCGUAUCAGAGCCAGCUAAAGUAAGUGAAUGCUGUAGACUUAUCUUAAAUUUGCUGUAACAAUGGGCAAGGGAAGCUGAGAUUUAAAUUGAUGGGGGUAUUUUUUUUCACAUUUUACAUGACCAAUUGCAGAUGUUUAAAAAAUAGAAAAGAGAGAAAAGAAAACAACUGUAGAUUAAGUUCAGAUCUUGCAAAGUUGUGUUGAGAAGAAAGAAAUUAUAAAUAAAGUUUUUGCACUGAU